AAAGUUUUAAAGAAUAAGGACAAAUGUCCCCAUUCGUUCAUGUUGCAAAAACAUCUUUGAACAAUGGUUGACACUGCAGUUGUAAAGAUCAGGCCAAUUAAGCUGAUAGCAGUGAUUUUCAGUGGGAUAACUGUUAUCCUGUUGAUAAGUAGCAUUGCUGGUAAAGAAUGGGUGGAGGUGAAAUUUCACCAUGACAACCGUCAAAGCAUCACUUGGGGAUUGUGGGAUAUCUGUGAAGGAGAUUCAUGUUCUUCAAACACAACAGACUGGGUGAAGGUGUGUGCUACCUUUAGUAUUGUGUCCCUCCUCUUUAGUGUGGUGGUAGUUGGCUGCGGUAUUCUUGGGCUUUGUUCUUUGAAUGUCCCCAAGAGAAAACUUCUCUAUGUUAUAGCUGGCGGUAUUGUCACCCUUGUUGCUCUGUCCGAUCUGCUGUCUCUUAUCAUUUUUCCAAUCAAAUUUCGUGAGUCAAUACAGACAUUCAUCAAUGUGAAGCGCUGGGACUUUGACUGGACCUACGGAUUUGGCUGGGGAGGAUUUAUCUUCUCCGUUGCAGCUGCUGUUUUCUUCUUCCUGCCAAUUGAUGAUGAUAACAUGGAGUCCAAACCAUUCUAAUGACAUAAAUACAAGCUUUAAGGAAUAUGUUAGAAUGGUUUCAUGAGUAUACAUGUAUAUGUAUA